AUGUCAACAUCGGAGUCACCAUCCAGCACUAUAUCGUUCUUGGGUCGAGACUUGCCCCGUAGUAGAGUGGAGAAGGUCUUCAAGGGAGCGUUGGGAGGCUUUGUACUCCUCAAUGCUGUUAUGAUACCCUUGGUUGUACCAAAACUUUCUCGACGAUAUCGGGGGCCGCCUUAUCUGCCUUCUACCGACAAGACCAUUGAUGCUGUGUUCAAACACCUUUUACCUCGAUCGGGCAUAGUACCAGCUCAGUCGACGCUGUUGGAUUUGGGUAGUGGUGAUGGCAGGGUCGUCCUUGCGGCUGCUACUACUGGGGGGUUUAAGAAAGCUGUGGGAAUUGAAGUAAAUCCAUGGUUGGUGAUGCUAUCGAGAAUGAAGGCGAGGAGGGCCCUAUGGGGCCUGGGGCCUGCCCCGCGAUUCUACUGGGGCAACGCAUUCGAUGUGAGUCUAAUACGGAAGAUAGAUCCCCAAGUAGUGACCUUGUACGGUCGGCCAGGUGAUGGUGUUAUGGAGCGGUAUGGUGAUGUGCUUGAGGAAGCCCUGUCGGGAAAAGGCGGGAUAGUUAUCUCUAAUAAGUUUGGUAUAUGUGGUUGGGGUCAACGCCUCAUUGGAGAGUGCGAUGGAGUUAAAAUGUACAAAGUUAUUCCUAAUGUUGACAAAACGCAAGGAGAAGAUACGUUGUUUACGGAAGACCAGGAGCUGUUGCGCGCUACUGUUAAAACGUUUGCUAAUGAGGUUAUCGCUCCGUUGGUGAUGAAAAUGGACGAGAACUCGUGCAUGGAUAGCAGCGUCAUAAAGGCUCUUUUUGAGAACGGGUUUAUGGGAAUGGAAAUAGAAGCUGACAAAGGUGGCAGCGAAUUGGGUUUCGUAGAAGCUCUCAUUACGAUUGAGGAGAUCUCUGCUGUGGACCCGGCCGUUGGUGCUCUGGUGGAUAUUCAUAAUACUCUUAUACCGAGGUCAAUACAUUUGUAUGGCAAUGACGAUCAGAAGGAUAUGUGGUUGCCACGGUUGGCGCAGGAUACUGUUGGGGCUUUUGCUCUUUCGGAGGCCGGCGCGGGCUCGGAUGCAUUCGCGUUGAGUACGACGGCGACGAAGGUGCCCGGGGGUUGGGCGAUUAACGGCGAUAAGAUGUGGAUUAGCAACUCUAAAGAGGCGGGCUUGUUUUUGCUGUUUGCUACUGUUGAUCGCUCCCUGGGCCACAAGGGAAUCACGGCGUUUCUGAUGCCGAAAUAUGAGGGAGAUUUAGUACGGGAAGGCUUCACCAUUGGAAAGCCAGAGAAGAAAUUGGGAAUAAAGGCUUCUAGUACGUGUCCUUUAAACUUCGACAAUGUGUUCCUCCCUGAUAGUGCUCUGCUGGGGAGGGUAGGUGAGGGGUAUAAAGUUGCGAUGUCUCUCCUUAACGAGGGCAGGAUCGGAAUUGCCGCGCAGAUGCUGGGUAUAGCAAAAGCCGCUAUAAAGCAUUCGAUGAGGUAUAUGAGUGAGAGAAAACAGUUUGGGAAAACACUUUUGGACUUCCAGGGAAUGCGAUUUCAGUUGGCAGAGUUACAGGCGGAGGUGUAUGCAGCACAGUUGUUGGUUUACAAUGCCGCUGCAUUGAAGAUAAUGGUGGACCAGGGUGAGCUGUCUAGUAAGGAUAUCAUACUGGAGUGUAGUGCUGCCAAGCUGACGCAUCGAGGGUUCUUGCUCCAGCAGUUGGAGAAGAUGGGUUUCAUCGCCCAAAGUGACGCCAUGAAGGGUGGUCGCAUGAUCACCUCUCUCGGUCGCCAGACUCUCGACACUGUUGCCGUGCAAGCUGCCAAGGCCGCCAAGCCCGCCGUUGAGGAAGAGGAGGAGGCCCAGGCUGCCGUUGAGGAGACCGCUCAGGAGUAA